GAGUUUUGCGUAUUGCGUAUGGCUUCACUAUACAGAAUUCCUAUCCAACUAAAGGGACAAGGUUGUGCGCAAUAACAUUUCACAUAAAUAACGUUUUUAGAAAAAACCGUUCAAAUUUCCAUUUCUUAAAGUAUUUUGUGGAAGAUAGACUGAACGUCUAAGGUGGCUCUCUUUUUUUGUUGUAUGGAAUGCUAGACGGUUUCUUUCAAUGAAGUUUAGUCACAGUCUUCAAUUCAAUGCCGUUCCGGAAUGGUCGGAAAGCUACAUAGCUUAUUCUAAUCUAAAGAAGCUUAUAUAUGCUCUUGAACAUGAGCAAAUUGGUCGCCCGUUAGAAAGAGUCGAUGAAGAAACGGGACUUUUAAACCAUCAAAUACAGUCACUCCCAGAUGACCGAUUUCGUUCAAGCCUCGACAAAGAACUUGAUGGAAUAGUAAAUUUUUAUAGCCCGAAAGAGCGGGAAAUCGAAGAGACCUUUGGAAAACUGAACGUAGAGUAUGACAACUAUGCAUUAGAGUAUGGCUUCGGAAAACAAGGCAGCAGUGGAGAUGGCACACGAAGUGCUAUACGACCCAAAAAGGAUUCCAAGAAUAUCCGACAUCUUCGUGACUCCACCAUCAGUCAAGAGGUACCGACUUCUACGGCCUCCGAUCAUCAAAUCUAUGUCAACGGUGCCACUGGCAGUGACGGAAACCUUAAUAAUCCACCACCGGUAUCUCGAGUAGAAUCUACUGCUAUAUUAAAGUCUGAGCAUUCAAAUUCAGCUCUUCAGAAAGACGUUUCUGUAGGGACUCCCGAGGACGAUGAAGAGGAUGAUGAUGAAGAGGAAGAUGAUGAAGAGGAAGAUACAGCUGAACAUCACCAUUUGUUGGUUGAACAGUAUCCGUCUGAUAUCAUGGCAUAUGAAAACUUUGUUUCUUUGAAGCGGAAAAUUACUCAGCUUUACAUUUCCAUUCAUGAUCUUAUGUCGUAUGUACAGCUUAACUGGACAGGGUUUUCAAAGAUCCUUAAGAAGUAUGACAAAACUCUUGGAAGCAGUUUGCGUGAGCCAUACAUGCGCCAUAUAAAUGAGACGUACCCUUUCCGGGCUGAAGUUCGUGACGCAUUGACAGUAUGUUUAAAUAAAGUGACUGAAUGGUACGCAAACUUGUGUUGCCGGGGAGAUACUUUUGUUGCUAUUCGCCGCCUUCGUGGGCAUCUUCGUGAGUAUGUUGAUUGGGAGCGGAAUACCGUCUGGAGAGAGAUGAUUGCAAUAGAACGCAGAACUGAGGCUGCACGUAUUUCGGCUCUCCAAUCGGUAGUAUCAGUCAACAACAAAGACCCGCUUUCAUCCAAAUACAUAGUCAUUCGUACCAAAUUUGGAGACGUCAAGAUUCCAAGGUUCUUUUUGAGCUCUACGCUCCUCACUAUAAUUGUUAUAUUUUCUUUAUUUAUUGCUAUUUUAAUGUACCCCAUGAUUGAUAAUACAGAACAAAAUAACUGCAUGGCACUCCUUGUGCUAGUUUCCCUGCUAUGGGCUACGGAAGCUGUCCCUCUUUUCGUUACCUCUUUCCUCGUUCCCUUCUUUACCGCUUUUCUACGAAUUUUACGUGCUGAGGAUGGAUCCCCCUUGCCCGGAAAAGAAUCGACUAAAGUCAUCUUUGCUUCUAUGUGGAAUCCAACGAUUGUAUUGCUCUUGGGAGGCUUUACGAUCGCUGCAGCACUGAGUAAGUAUCAGAUCGCAAAACGGCUCGCCACUUCUAUUCUUGCCCGUGCUGGUCAAAAGCCAAGAAAUGUAUUGUUGAUGAAUAUGAUAGUCGCUAUGUUUGCCAGCAUGUGGAUUAGUAACGUUGCAGCUCCAAUUCUUUGCUUCUCCAUCAUACAGCCCCUUUUAAGGAAUCUUCCAGCUGAGUCUGAUUAUGCAAAAAUUCUACUAAUUGGCAUCGCACUUGCAUCAAAUAUUGGAGGUAUGGCUUCUCCUAUCGCUUCUCCGCAAAAUAUUAUUGCGCUGCAAAACAUGGAUCCUUCACCUGGUUGGGGGGAAUGGUUUGCGGUAUCCAUACCAGUUUGUACAGUGUGUGUCUUGGGCGUUUGGGUAUUUUUGCUGUUUCUGUCUUCUUCAUCAGAACGCGUUGUAUUAGCUAAGAUUCGUCCAAGUAGAGAUAAAUUUACCAAAACACAGUCGUUUAUUUCUUUCGUAACUAUUGCAACAAUUAUACUCUGGUGUCUUGAGCGACGUUACGAUGAAAUUUUUGGGGACAUGGGUGUAAUUGCUUUAAUACCUAUUAUCGUCUUCUUUGGUACUGGUCUCCUGACGAAAGAGGACUUCAAUAAUUUUUUAUGGACCGUCAUUGUCUUAGCAAUGGGUGGUGUUGCAUUGGGUAAAACAGUGUCUUCAUCUGGACUUCUAGAGCUAAUAGCGCUUAACAUCGGAAAUGCGGUUUCAUCCUUGGACACAUUCAAGGUACUGUUAGUGUUUUCCUUGUUGACACUAGUUGUAGCCACAUUCGUUUCGCAUAUGGUGGCUGCCAUGAUUGUUUUGCCAGUCAUUCACGAAGUUGGUAGCCGGUUAAGUGACCCCCAUCCUCGUAUAUUUGUAAUGGCUUGUGGUUUAAUGUGCAGUAUUGCAAUGGCAUUACCGACCAGCGGUUUUCCAAAUAUGACAGCCAUUAUGAUGGAAAAUGAAAUGGGAAAGCGUUAUUUGAAGGUGACCGAUUUCUUAAAGGCCGGAAUCCCAGCUACUCUUAUAUCAUUCACUGCUUUGCUAAUAGUCGGUACUUCUAUUAUGCGGGUAUUGGGUUUCUAGAUCAGCUUUAUGUUUAUGUAUUUAUUUUAAUUGUUUUUGAAUUAGAUUUAUACAUAUAUGCAGCAGAUAUUAUGAAGUUAAUAGAACUCUCGAAACUUUUGAGACUUUUAAUAAUUGUAAUAAAGCUAUUUUUUAAUCAAAUUGUAU